AUGAUGAUGGUAUACUACGUCGACCAGACGAGGUACCCCGGCUUGGUUCACCCCUGCCGAAAAUCCUUCCCCAAAUCGCUGACCGUCACUGCACGAUUCCUCCGCUCUGGGUGGGUGGAAGGACAAUGCCGCUGUCCCUCAAAGGCAUACCUGGGUGGCCGAAGCCUUCAGCAAGGUCUUGUUUUUAAUCCCGCAGGAAGCCCAGGUGCUCUCCUCACCCACGAGGGGCGGGUUGCCGGUUUAGACGCCAACAACUCGUCUGUGCUACGGGUUGUACCACCUUACAUGAUGAAGCCCGUCUAUUUCGCGGUGGCGCUGGCGCUGGCGGCGGCCGCGUCGGGAGAGGAGGUCAAGAGCGCGCGAAACGACUUCCUGAGCGUGUUCGCGGUGCAGUCCACGACCACCUACACCAUCGUCUCGGCGUCCACCUCGACCGUCUUCUUCUCCUGCUUAUCGGGCAGCUACACCGCCCUCAUCUGCCAGGGCCGGAAGAAGAAGUCCAUCAGGGCGAUGCCGGACCUUGAUAGCAUCAGCAGCGACGUGUUCCUGGACACCAGCAGCGACUCCGCGGGAUCGCCGGCGAUUGAGAGGGACGACGACCCCACUAACUCGGAGAAGUUCGGCUACACCGUAUGGACAGUAGCCAAGACUACCACGACGGUCACUGUGCGCUACACCAACACGGCCUCCACCAUCAAGAUCUCUUACUACUGCGGUGCCGGAGGAAUAAACUACCCUCCAAACAGCUGUUAAGGCAGCUCUUUUGACCCCGUAACCGACCUUUGACUGAUUAAGCUUAAGUGACUGUACAGACAGCUGAAAUUCUGUGUGUGAUGAUA